GAUAAAGCUGGGCUGUUAAUGUAACGUCUGUGUGAAAGCGUUCUAACCGGUUUUAUAAUACUGCUGGCCGGCGUUCAACACAAAAACCGGUUUGAUUGUAAAGGGAGGGCUCCGCACGUCGUGCAGAGCCAGUCCGUACGCCAGGCACUUCGCUGGCCCUGUAGUGAUUCAUACACAGCUCUAACAUGGAGAAGUUCAUAGAAACAGUACGAGCACAUCCGUGCUUGUGGAACCCGCAGCAUCCCGACUAUCCCGAAGUUCACGCACGAGGUCAGGCUUGGCAGAGUGUCGUCAAAGAAAUCAACGACGAUUCUAUACCAAAUAUUAAAGCUGCACGCACCGAAUGGAGAAAGCUUCGGGACAACCAUCGGGAGGCUUUGAAAAGAGCUAAAUUAGGACAAAACAAAUUACUGCCAGCUCAUGUGACUACUUGGAAAUAUGCAAAAGCGAUGCAAUUUCUUGAGCCACAUAUGAAGUACCGUAUAACAGAAAAUAUUGAAAUGGAUCCACCAGUGACAAUACAGCCAAAAAAUUCCGAACCCGAUGUUUCCACGACGAAUACCACUGAACCUGCACAACCAGAAGUAGCGCAUAAAAGACGCUGUGUUGAGCACACUUCACAAGAAAAAGAGGCAGAUGCUCUUGAAUCAUUCUUCAACUGCAUUCUAAAGAGCACCAGAGAUAUGCCUCAGUGGAUGCAAACACAAGUGAAGAAAAAAAUAUUUGCCGUUAUCAUUGAUGCUGAGGAGAGUUUAUCAUCUCAAUCGCAAGCCAGAAGUACAGCACCUUCUGAGGAAUAUGCGACACAUUUUAUCAUAGAAAAUAAAAUCAAGAGAGAAUAUUUUGAAGACACCUAAACCGGAUUAGAUUUACCUACUAAGAUACAAGUGAAUGUAGUGGUGUUUGAUACGUAAAAGUAAAUAAUCAAUAUUUCAAAAUCAUUGAAACUUUGCCAUGUAUAGGUAUCUCGUGACUUGAACGUAGGUACGUGUGCGAGACUCGGAGCCGCGGUACGGCACAUAGCAAGGAGCGCACGAACGUGCCCACUGCCCUCUAAGUGCUAACUAAAUGAACCAUUGAUUUUAUAAAUGUUCAGCCGUUUUAACAUAAAUUGUAACCAACAAACUCACUUAACAAUAACACAUACUUAUUAAGCAGUAAAGAUUUAUACAUGUGUUAUACAAACCACAACUUUGAGAUCCCUGUGACGCAAACUCCGUGAAGGAUAGCGUAGUAGAUUGAAGCGGUUGGAUACUUUCUGGAGUCAAUGGAAUAGUACGUGUCUGUUCUGUCUGUUCUAUCUCAACAUUUGGGCCUCGAGCCAUUUUCCCGGAGUGGCCUAUGUCGCGCUCUAUACGACUCUAUGACGUAAGAAAGUAUUUACUUAGUCAUUAUUAUUUGGGUAAUAUAAAUAUAUAUAUGUAAAAAACA